ACCGCAGCCACCGCCGGCAGGCCAGGCUUCAGGGCUGCUUCUCAGCCUGCAACCAAUGUACCCCUUUGGGGGCGCUGUGGACUCUGUGGAGAACGCCGGCUUAGGGAACAUCAGAAAGGGCGUUAUGGAGGGAGUGGCCGUUAAGUCCACAGUUCAGCGGCAUUAAGGACGUUCACAUUGCGUGCAACCUUCACCACCAUCCAUCUCCAGAACUUUUGCAUCUUCCCAAACUGAAACUCUGCCCCCAUUAAACACCGACCUCCCCGUUUCCCUUUUCCCCAGCCUCCACCAUGCACUUCCGGGCUCCAAGAAUUGGACCACUCUAGUUACUUCAUUGCAGUCUGGGUGCCACCGAGCAGUCCUCGCUGGGCAGCCUGAAGCAGACAUGGACCAGGAAACGCUGGGCAAUAUUGUCCUGUUGGCCAUCGUCACCCUCAUCAGCGUGGUCCAGAACGGUAAGGGAAGACCUCACUCAGGGUUUUUCGCCCACAAGGUGGAACAUGAAAGCAGGACCCACCCUGGGCGGAGCUUCCAGAGGACUGGGACACUUGCCUUUGAGCGGGUCUACACUGCCAACCAAAACUGUGUGGACGCAUACCCUACGUUCCUUGUCGUGCUCUGGAGUGCGGGGCUGUUGUGCAGUCAAGCUCCUGCCGCCUUUGCUGGUCUGAUGUACCUGUUCGUGAGGCAGAAGUACUUCGUCGGCUACCUGGGAGAGAGAACUCAGAGCAUACCUGGCUACAUCUUUGGAAAACGUAUCAUCCUGUUUCUGUUCCUCAUGUCCCUUGCUGGCAUAUUCAACUAUUACCUCACCCUCUGUUUCGGAAGUGACUUUGAAAACUACAUAAAGACCAUCACCACCACCAUCUCCCCUCUGCUUCUCAUCCCCUAACUGUCCGCUGAGUGCAGCGUCAGUGCUCUCAUCUGAUCAAUACCUAGAUGUCGUCAUAACUCACCCCGAAGAGAUGCAGCUCCUCUUUAGAAAGGAAAUAGAUCUAAUGACCAUCUGGGCUUUGCAGCUUGAGUUAACCUUGCUUUUCCUGGAAGAAAAUACCUGUGUCAGCUCUGCCCUCGAAAAUGGCGGCGGCCCCAGAUUCGUUACUCAGAUGGAUUCCGCAUGCUCCUUGACUUAUCCUGCGUUCUGAAGAUGUUUUGGGACCUGAUUUAUGUUUUCCUAAAAUAAAAUGCAGAGACAUGUUUUAGGUU